AUGGAGGUGAAGAGGAGGACGGCGAGGUUGCUGGUGAGGAAGCUCAUCAAUGGCUCCUCGGAGGGGGACGAGGCGGCGACGGACGAGGCCAUAGCGGAGAUUCGUCUCCUCUCCAAGCACGACGAUGAAUUCCGGCCGCUCCUGGUCGACGCCGGCGCCGUCCCCCUGCUCGCUCACCACCUGCUCCUCUUCUCCGGCGGCAGCGGCGACGCCGCCGGCCACCGCAGCUCCUCCCAUGAAGACGCCGCCGCUGCCCUGCUCAACCUCUCCAUCUCGAGCCGGGAGGCGCUCAUGGCCACGCCGGGGCUUCUCGACGGCCUCGCCGCCGCGCUGCGCAGCCCCGCUGCCCCCGCCGCCGCGCAGCACGCCGCCGCCACCGUCUACAGCCUCCUCUCCGUGGAGGCCUACCGGCCGAUCAUCGGCGGCAAGGAGGAGAUCAUCGCCGCCCUCUGCGCCAUGCUCCGCCCCAUCGCUCCUCCCCAUCCGAACCCCACCAAAUCUCUCAAGGACGCGCUGAAGGCGCUCUUCGCCGUCGCCCUCUGCAAGCUCAACCGGGCGGUGAUCGUCCGGCAGAGCGCCGUGCCGGCGCUCUUCUCCCUGAUCGUCAACGACGGGAGGACGGGGAUCGUGGAGGACUGCACGGCGGUGGUGGCGCAGGUCGCCGGCUGCGGGGAGAGCCUGGAGGCCUUCCGCAGGGUCUCCGGCGUGCAGGUGCUCGUGGAUCUGGUGGACGCCGCCACCGGGACGACAGCCAGGGCGAGGGAGAACGCGGCGGCGGCGCUCCUCAACCUCGCCGAGAGCGGCGGCGAGCGGGCGAUAGAGGACAUCCGCGAGGUGGAGACGGCGGUCGCCGCCGUGAGGGAGCUGGCAGAAUCCACGUCGUCGUCCCAGAGGGCCAGGACCAAGGCGGCGGCGCUGCUCGGCCUCCUUGUCCGCCGGCCCCAGCAACUCGAAGAGGAGGAUUGGCGAGCGUCGGAGCGCGUCGCUGGCCCCCCCGCCGCCGCCGCCGCGUUCUGA